AUGCCUCUCCACCAGCGGACUUCUGCUAGCCCAUCUAAGAGGAGCAGCUCCUCUGUUAGGAGCACUGUCUCUGCCAGAAGCACUAACUCUUCUUCCUCCUCCAAAUCAAGGGCAUUGACUGUACAAGACCAUGACUACGAAUAUGAAUUUGAUAUCGAAUCCGAGCUGCGCGACGACCUUCAAAAGGCAAACACAGAACUCAACAAGGCCAAUGCCGAGAACGACAAAUUGAGCGCCCAGAACGACAAGCUCAAGGCCACCAUCGAGCAGCUCACCCGCAAGUUGAACGAGUCCAAGACAUCCCUCGAAGAAACCACCCGCAAGCUCAAUGAGUCUACAAUCUCAUGUCGUGAGCUCAAGGCUCAGAUUGAGGGUGUCCGCUCUGAGGCUGAUGUCCUACGAGAGGACAACCGCCGCCUGAACACAGACUUCGAGGAACUCAAGGGCGAUAAGCGCCGCCUGAACAAUGAGUGCGAGGAACUCAAAGAAGAAAAGGAGGCCCUCAAGGAGGAAAAUGAGCGCGUCAAGUUCGAGCACCAUGACCUUGAGCAGCGCUUCAUCGGUCUCCAGGCUAAGCAUGAGAACCUCACCAUGCGCCACAAUGCUGUAAGCAGCCAAGCUCCCUCGUCUGCCAUGACGAGCCCCAUGUCCAGCCCAAUGCCCAGUCCCCUUCCUGCCCCUCUACAGGAGGGCCGUAAGAACCCCUCCCGUCCUUCCAGCAAGGCCUCCAGCAAGGCCUCUAGCAAGGUUUCUACCAAGUCUUCCAGCAAGCGAGAACCUCGCGAGGAUCGCCACCGUGAGCAGGAGGAUCGUCACCAGUCUGAACGGGAGGAGAGCUCUCGUGAGGAACACACUCGUGAGAGACGUCACCGGGAGGAUCGCGAGCGCCGCGACCGCGACCGGGAGGAUCGAGGACGCCCCCAGCGCAGCGAAAAGCCUAAGGACAAGGAAAGAUUCGAGGCCAAGGAACGCUUGUCGAAGCGGUUUGAUGAGCGCCCUGCCGUGGCACCUCGUCAGACCAGCUUCAUCGAGCCAUGGGGUCCCGGAGGUUGGUCUCCUCGUUAUGAUGCCCCCUCAAGCGACUUUGACGCUUACGGCCAUAUGGCAACAGGACGCAAGGCCGCCAGUGUUGUGUCUAGCGGGGCUUAUUCCAAUGUCCCUCGCACGACCAGCAUUGUCAAUGGUCACUUCAGCAGCGACAGCAGCGCAUACGAUGAUGAGCGGUAUGAGGAUGGUUCUUACCAUGCCUACCCCAUCCCUAACUAA